UUCCAUUCUCUACACAAUUUUCCACAUUCUUACAUCUUCAACUACUUGUCUAACUUGCGUCUUAAUUCAACACACUUGCAAAAAAUGAAUCUACUAACCCUAGCUGCCGGCUCCGGUAGUGUCGCCGGCGCUCCGGCGAGUUUUACAGUCAUCGAUUCGAACACUAUCGCGUUCGGAAACCCUACGUGGUUCAUUUACGCCGGCGUUUCGUGUGUUCUUGUGCUAUUCGCCGGAAUUAUGUCCGGUCUUACCCUAGGGUUGAUGUCUCUAGGAGUUGUUGAGCUCGAGAUUCUUCAGCGGAGUGGUACGGACAGAGAGAAGAAGCAAGCAGCUGUUAUCCUACCAAUUGUUCAAAGGCCACAUCAGCUUCUUGUAACAUUGCUGUUGUGUAAUGCUGCGGCCAUGGAGGCUCUGCCUAUUUACCUGGAAAAGAUUUUUCAUCCAGCUGUUGCGGUGUUGUUGUCUGUGACUUUUGUACUGGCUUUUGGAGAGGUAAUUCCACAAGCAAUAUCAACAAGAUAUGGACUUGCUGUGGGUGCUAAUUUUGUAGGGCUUGUUCGGCUUUUAAUGGUCAUUUGCUAUCCGAUUGCUUAUCCUGUUGGAAAGAUUUUAGAUGCUUUAAUCGGGCAUAAUGAUACUAUGUUUCGGCGUGCCCAGUUGAAAGCACUCGUCUCCAUUCACAGCCAAGAGGCUGGUAAAGGAGGUGAACUUACACAUGAUGAGAUUACAAUCAUAAGUGGAGCGCUUGACUUGACAGAAAAGACUGCAGAGGAGGCCAUGACUCCUAUUGAAUCAACGUUCUCUCUGGAUGUGAAUUCAAAAUUGAACUGGGAAGCAUUUGGAAAAAUCCUUGGCAAAGGCCAUAGCCGUGUUCCUGUGUAUUCUGGGAACCUAAAAAACAUCAUCGGACUUUUACUCGUGAAAAGCCUUCUUACAGUUAGGCCAGAAACAGAGACUCCAGUUAGUGAUGUUUCUAUUAGGAAAAUCCCCAGGGUUCCAGCAAAUAUGCCAUUAUAUGACAUCCUUAAUGAGUUUCAAAAGGGUGGCAGUCAUAUGGCAGCAGUGGUUAAAGUACAAAACAAGAAUCAUCCGCCUGCUGAUGUUGGUGAUCUGAAAUUAGUAGGCAAAAAUCCAAAUAAACAUUCACAACUAACUAAACCAUUGUUGCCCAAGCUUGAAGAAGAAUCAGAUUUUGUGGUCAACAUUGACAAGACUUCAAAGUCAACCACAGGCCUCACACCAAAAUGGUCAAAAGAUUUUACUGAUGGUGUUGAAGAUGGUGAGGUCAUUGGGAUUAUUACCCUAGAAGAUGUUUUUGAAGAGCUUUUACAGGAGGAAAUUGUUGAUGAAACUGAUGUGUAUAUAGACGUACAUAAAAGAAUACGGGUGGCGGCUGCUGCUGCUGCUUCAUAUGUGGCCCGAGCUCCUUCUACAAGAAGGCUAGCCACUCAAAGAUCCCUGGGACUCAAAGAAGACAAGGACAACCCACCCCUGUUGUAAUGGUUAAAUCUGACCAUCUGAAAGGAUGAUUAAAAGCGAAAUAGCUAAAAUCGUAAAAGAACUUUAGAGCGAUCUUUGUCCGUUUCCGUUUUUACUAUUACGGUCAAAGCGCUAUCAAUAAUACUAACAUCUUACUAUUGCUCAUACUAUCUGGUUUGGUACCUUCAAUACCACACUGAAUGAUCGGGUUUCAAAUAGAACCCUUGAUUAGAUAAUUCUUAAAUCAGUCAAGACUUUAAACAUUUGAAAUGUCAUCUCAUCAAUUUAUGAUCUAUUUGAUAUACUAUAAACAAUUUUGAGGGA